UACUGUAAUAAAUCUGCGCAGCAACUGAUUCAACUAUGCCGCUCUCACUUAAAUUUGUUUCAAAAGUUUUGUUCCGUGAGCGCACAAUCACCAGUUUCAGACACCUGUUGCACGCUACGACAGUCAGAAUGGUUUCAAACGGAGAUACAUCAUUUAAAUUGAUGAAUACAACAUUACAAGAAUCAGAUCCUGAACUUUUUGCAUUAAUACAAAAAGAGAAAAAACGACAAACUAAUGGCUUGGAAAUGAUUGCAUCAGAAAAUUUCACAUCUUUAUCAGUAUUACAAUGUUUAAGCACGUGUCUACAUAACAAAUAUUCAGAAGGUUUACCAGGAGCACGGUAUUAUGGAGGUAACGAAUACAUCGAUCAAAUUGAAAUAUUAGCGCAAAAACGAGCAUUAGCCGCAUUUAACUUGAAUCCAGAAGAAUGGGGUGUUAAUGUACAGCCAUAUUCUGGUUCACCAGCUAAUUUAGCAGUUUAUACAGCUGUUGUCGAGCCACAUGGCAGAAUUAUGGGUUUGGAUUUACCAGAUGGUGGACAUUUAACUCAUGGAUACAGAACAGCAACCAAACGCAUUUCAUCUACGUCAAUUUUCUUCGAAUCAAUGCCAUAUAAAGUUCAUCCCGAAACUGGAAUCAUAGAUUAUGAUGAAUUAGAAAGAACGGCAAAAUUAUUUAAACCAACUUUGAUUAUUGCUGGAAUCAGUUGUUAUUCAAGAUGUUUGGAUUAUAAACGUUUCAGGGAUAUUGCUGAUCAAAAUGGAGCAAUAUUAUUCUCGGAUAUGGCUCACGUAUCUGGACUUGUUGCUGCCGGUGUUAUUCCAAGUCCCUUUGACUACAGUGAUAUUGUGAGUACAACGACACAUAAAACCCUUCGUGGUCCACGUGCUGGAAUGAUUUUCUUCCGUAAAGGUGUUAAAGGUGUAAACGCAAAAGGAGAAAAAAUAUACUACGAUUACGAAAAUAAAAUAAACCAAGCAGUAUUUCCUGGAUUACAGGGAGGACCACAUAAUCAUGCAAUCGGUGCUAUUGCAACAGCCAUGCUACAAGCUCAACAACCAGAAUUUGUUCAGUAUCAAAAACAAGUAAUAUUAAAUGCAAAACGUUUAGCUGAAGGAUUAACAAAAAGAGGAUACAAAAUUGUGACGGGUGGAACAGAUGUUCAUUUAAUUCUCGUUGAUUUCCGAGGAACAGGUGUUACUGGUGGAAAAGCAGAAAAAAUCUUGGAUGCUGUUUCGAUUGCUGGCAAUAAAAACACUGUCCCUGGUGAUAAAAGUGCAUUCAAUCCAUCAGGACUUCGAUUAGGAACACCAGCUUUAACGACCAGAGGUUUGAAAGAAGAUGAUAUCGACCAAGUUGCUGCCUUCAUUGAUGAAGCUAUAAAAUUAGCUAAAGAAAUACAAGUGAUAUCCGGACCCAAAUUGGUUGAUUAUAAUCGUGUAUUAGAGAAUGAUCCUGCUAUUGUAGCGAAAGUAAGUCAAUUAAGAGAGCGAGUGGAAAAUUUCAGUAAAGAUUUUCCACUUCCAGGGUAUGUCGAUUAUUAAAAUUUUUUUAUUUAUGCUUGUCUUGUUUUUUCUCAUUUUUGUAAAGUAAAU